AUGACAACAAAACCAAAUAUUGUAAUUGUUGGUGGAGGAUAUGGUGGAAUAGCUGUGGCCACAAAACUUGAACUGGCCCUUUAUAAAACUCAUCAAAUCAUUCUUAUUGAACGCAAAACACAUUUCUAUCAUGCAAUUGGAGGUCUUCGGACAAUUGUUGAAGAUGGAUUUGAGCAGAAAGUUAUGAUUCCAUAUGAUAAUCUUUUUAAAUAUGGAGGGAAAGUUGUACAUGCUACAGUUACUACAAUUCAUAAAAAUGAGGUUAUUGUUGAUACUGAAACUGAAUGGGGAAAUCGUAUACCAUUUAAAUAUUUGAUAAUUGCUACUGGAUCUAAUCAUUCUAAGCCCGCAAAGAUGUCAGCGAAUAAUAAAGAAGAGAGCAUUGCUGAAAUAAUCGCUCAAAGAGAAACUGUAAAAAAUGCGAAGAAGAUUUUGAUUAUUGGUGGAGGUCCGGUGGGCAUCGAACUUGCAGGAGAAAUUGCAUCAGUUUACCAUGACAAAGAGGUUACACUUACUCACUCAGAAGAUCAUUUGCUUACGGAUAAAUUUCCAAAAAAAAUGACUGAUCUUCUUGCUAAACAAUUGAGAGAAUUAAAUGUAAAGCUUAUCUUUGGAGAAAAGGUUAUUCUCCCUUCCUCUGGUAUUGGUGACGGUUUAUCUCCCUUAACUUUGGGAACUGAUAAGGGUACACAAAUUGAGUCUGACGUACAAUUCGUAGCUUUUGGCGCGAAACCAAACACUGAAGUUGUAAAAACCUUGGAUCAAUCAUUAAUCGAACAACAUACUACUCUAGUAAAAGUUAAGCCAACUCUUCAAUUAGAACAUGAUAAUUAUGCACAUAUAUUUGCUCUUGGGGACGUAACAAAUAUUAAAGAAACAAAACUUGCCUAUCGUGCUAACCUUCAUGCUGAUGUCGUAAAUAAGAAUAUUAUUGCACUCAUUAAUAAUAAUAAACUGGUCGGAUAUAGCCCAGGUGCUGAAGUUAUGUUUGUUCCCAUUGGAAAGGAUAAAGGCGCAGGGCUUCUACCAAUUGGUAACAUAGUCGUUGGCAGUUUCAUUACGAAAAAUUUCAAGGGUAAAACUCUCGCGGUUGAUAAAACAUGGAAAUCAUUGAAUGCAACACCUGCUGCAUAA